GUCAAAAGUCAAAACACUCUAUACGAAAAAAAACGCCAUCCAUAGCCAUAUUUCUCUUCGCCCCUGUGGGUUUAAUUGUUUUUUAAGCUGCUAGCUGUGAUUUUUUUCCGUUCUUUUUCCUUGUCUUUUAUCACACACAAAUCUAAAGAAAAAAGAAAAAAAAAGUCGAGCGACGCCAUUGUAACAUCAUCAUAUAUUAUAAAUUAAAAUUUAUUCAAUAUAAAAUCCAGCAACAAUGAGCUUGAUAAAUUUUCUCAACUCAAAACUCAAACCAUCUGUAGAAAGUGAAGCUAUUUGCGAAGAUGCCUACUCCAUUUCCAACUUAAUUGCAGACGAUUUGCAACAACUCAAUCGAGGAUUCAUGGCAUUCAAUGUUACCAAACCACCGGUAGACAUUUUCUUUGAAUUCCCCAAAGCCAUUGAUUUGAAAAUUAUCAAAAUCUGGAACACAAUUGGUUCAAUGAAAUCGACAGCAUUCGAAAUUCAUGGUAAGAUUGAUGGGGUCUAUGAGCGUGUUGGUUAUGUUAGGGAUUUGCGUGGCGAAUCGGUUACAUUUUGCUAUCAAAGUGACUAUUCCAGUCGAAAUAGUAGUCAGCAAUGUGAAAAAGCCUUUUUCUUUAAGACAGCAAGUAAGAUUCUGUCAAAUUGCACUUGUAUCAAAGUGACAAUCAAGUCGACACAACGUUGUCCACCAGUUUUGCAAAAAAUCCAAAUUUGGGGAUUGCCUGCAAAGAGUCUCGAAAAAGCCGAUCGAGAGUUGGUAAAGACCAUCUGGAAUGAGGUCAUUAAUCCACCAGGUACACGAGAACGUGAAAAGGGACAACGUUCGCCAUCGAGGAAUUUCCCGGAACUCUGUGAGUCAUCACAGUUGCGAGUUCCAGAGGAAUUCCUCGAUGCUAUUACAUGGGAACUGAUGGUCUUCCCGACUGUGUUGCCAUCGGGAAAGGUCGUUGACCAAUCGACAAUUGACAGACACUCGGAGGUCGAAGCCAAGUGGGGUCGUUUGCCUUCGGACCCUUUUACGGGUUUGGAAUUCUCGUCACAUCGCAAGGCUAUUCUCGAUCUGGCUUUGAAGGCACGCAUUGAGAAGUUCCUUAUGGAGAAUUCGGAACACUUUAAGACUGUUCCGAGGACAUUGGGGAGUAGUCGGGUGCGUCGGAGCAAAAACCGACACGCUUCGUCAUUCGCCAGCGAUAGAGAUCCAUCUAUAAUGCCUUGCAAACGACAAAAACUCGAAGACUCGCUGUAUAGACCGACCAUGCCUCAUCCUACAACUCUCACCUCGAAUGUAGACACAGCCAUAAGCAUGGCUUUACAGAGGAUUACUCGAUUCACAACCAAGCCGGCGGAGAUUAAGCGGACUACCUGCAUCGGCUGCAAGUCGGAAGAUUACUCGUAUGAGAUUCAAACGUGCAAGCAUUUGGUGUGUCGUGUGUGCCUUGUGCACUUGACUCGUGAACAAAUGUGCACAUGUAAGACUAGUUUUAGAUCGUCAGAUGUGGAACGACAUCAUAAGUAAGAAGGAGGCAGCAGCCAACAACGCGCACCCACAAGAGGAGACCAGAAAUUAUUGAGAGGAAGAUGAUAAAGCGUGUGCCUGUGGCGUUCUAGGAAAUAAUUUAUAAUUUUCUUUUUUUUUAAUUUUAUUUUGUUUGUUUAAGUUUUUUUUUUUGUCUCCAUGUAGACCAUGAGCUCUUGUCUAGUAAUGUAUCUAUCUAUUAUUAUUAUCUACCUAUAUAUCUCUCUUCUUAUAUAUACUAUAUGGACUCAUGUGUAUGACGUUAUAAAAAUUACAACUUACAAACCAACCAGGUAUUCUUACACACACACAUACUACUAGUAACUGUUAAGCGAUCAUUUAUUAACCAAGAAGUUAGUCAAUAGAUUAUAAUAAUAUAGAUUCAUAAUAAAAAUUAUAUAUAUUAUAUUGGGAAUUAAUGUUAAAACAAAAAUUUAACCUAAAUUAAAAGU